AUAUUUAGAGAAUGAUGAAUGCCUGCGAGAUUUUUACCAUAUUAAAUAGAUACAUUUUAUUUGUUCAUCAGUUAUAUUGUUUAUUCAUAAAAUUUAUUGAUUUAUUCAUUUUUCUUCACUGUCUCAAUAUAUAUCAUUCUCCAUGGAACCAUACCCUGUUAGCGGCACUAUCAUAUAUAUUUAAUGUGUGACUUUUUUGUUUUACUUACCAUUUCCAACUUUGAACAACACUUAAAAAGAGCAUUUUUCUGAAAUCAAGAGAUCGAUCGACAUCAACAUGGCAGAAGCGGCGAUCUCAUCUUUGGUGGAAUUGCUGGGCGAUCAGCUCAUCCAGAAGGUGAAAUUCCUACGAGGCGUCGAGGGAAAGGUGGAGUCGCUGAAAGCCGAGCUCAAGAGGAUGCAAUGCUUUCUGGAAGACGCCAACAAAAAGCAAUUUGAAGACAAGAAUGUGCAAAAUUGGAUAUCGGAGAUCAGAGAGGUGGCUCAGGAUGCCGAAGAUACCAUCGAGAUGUUCCUCAUCAACGUUGAGAACUCGAAGAGUAAGGGGCUUCUCAAACGAUGCACUAGGUUCGCGAGGCGUAUGUACGAGCUCAACAGAAUUGGGGAUGAGAUUGAAUCAAUCCUUGCUAAGAUCGACGCCAUUGACAAGAGCCGCGAGAGGUAUGGCAUUAAAGAUUUUGGCAAGGAGGCGACGGCGGACUCAGGGUGGAGAUUGCAAGUUGAAUCACGGCGGCGGUUGUCUCCUUUGAAAACCGACGAACACCUGGUGGGCGUGGAAGAGGAUGUGAAAAAACUGCUAGAAGAAUCAAUUCUUAAUGAGGAGAGGAUGGGGCUUUCGAUUGCGGUGUUAGAGGGUAUGGGUGGGAUAGGCAAAUCUACACUUGCCCGAGCAGUAUACAACCACUGCGACGUCUUGGGUCGAUUUGACAGCCGUGGCUGGGUUGUGGUGUCGAGUGAAUUUACACCACAGGAGACGAUCAAACAGCUUAUCUUCCAGCUGCAAAGGUCUCAUCAAGACAAACAGAAGCUGCUUGACGAAAUAAAGAAAUUGGAGGAGUCGAUUAAGGAUACACUAUUUGUCCAAGAGGAGCUUAAACAAAUGCUUCAUAAGGAAUUGGAUGGCAAAUCAUAUUUCAUUGUUCUGGAUGAUGUCUGGGAGAAGGAACAUUUAGAAUCUCUCAUGAGUGCUUUCCCAAAUCAACAAGAUAAAACAAGUAGAUUAUUGGUUACGACUCGCAACAAGAUUGUUACAAAGUAUGAUCAAUAUGUGCACAUGAUGAAGCUUCUAGAUCGCGAGAAGGGCUGGGAGUUGCUGUUGAAGAAUGCAUUCAUUAGAAACACUAAUGGAAAAUAUCCAGAAGAGUUUGAGAGCAUAGGCAGACAAAUCGUGGAAAAAUGUCAUGGUCUACCAUUAGCUAUCAGUGUGGUAGGAGGGCUACUCAGGGAAACACAAAGCAAUAGUGGGUGCAUGUGGGAACAAGUUCUUAACCAAAUAAACUCUUAUUUGGAAAGGACUGAAAGCAGCGUACCAACAAUUUUGGAGUUGAGUUAUCACAAUUUGUCUCCGCAGCUGAAAUCAUGCUUCUUGUGCUUAGCUUUUUUCAAGGAAGACUCUACCAUCCCUGCAAAAAGGCUGAUAAAUAUAUGGGUUGGACAAGGCUUGAUCCAACAGGAAGGAACCAGAACAACACAUGAGAUAGCAAGAGGUUGUUUAAAUGAGUUGAUCAAUCGAAGCAUGCUUCAAGUUGAGAAUCUAACCAUUGAUAAUCGGGUAAGGACUUGUCGCCUCCAUGAUCUUCUUCGCGAGGUAUGUUUAAGAAAAGCAAAGGAGGAAAUAGGCUUGGAGAUUGUAAAGGGGGAGGAGGGUUCUUCAUCACAAUCCUCAUAUAAACCUCGUCAUCGUGUUGUCUAUGGCAAAAACCUCGAGGCCUUCUCGCGGGGUCAGAAUAAGCAUCUUCGCUCUCUUUUCCUACUUAACGUCAAUGGUGAUAGUAGUAAAUUUUAUUUGACUACACCAUCUCGUUACUGGAAGCGCUUUCAACUCCUUAAGAUGCUUGACCUUGACGGCUUUGCGUUUCAAAGAUUGCCCGACUCUUUUCGACUAUUGAUUGGAUUGAAGUACUUGAGAAUACACAGACCACAAUAUUUGAUGGAUUGCGUACUGGAGCUCCCAAGCUGGUUGAAUGACUUAAAAAACCUCGAGGUUCUUGAUCUAGAGAAUGAGCUCAUAGUGUUCCCGAAUGUUGCACUGCAAAUGGAAAAACUACGUCACUUCCACAUAUACAGUGUCUGGGGCCAACCAAUGAGCAUUGAGAAUUGGAGAAAUAUUGAGAGUGUGAAAGGCAUGAGGCUAAAGGAUUGGCUAGAAUGCAGCCCAAAAUUAAUGGCAAGUCGUCAUGUUCGGGAAUUGAGCAUAUAUAUGAGCGAAAUAGAAGAAAACAACGAUUUGAGCAUGGCGAGAGCGUCGUUGGAAAAGAUGACGAAUCUUGUGGAGCUACACCUAAAAUUCAAUCAAGCUUGUGUGAACAGAACACACAUCAUUCCCCAGCUCGGCAGCAUCACUAAACUCAAACUGUACGGUGGCUGGAUGCUCGAAUGUCCUGAUGCGAGUAAAUUCCCUCCAAAUCUUACUCACCUUACAUUGAAGAUUGCAAAGCUAUUUGAGGAUCCGAUGCCAAAAUUGGGUAAGCUGCCGAAGCUGCAGUUUCUCAAGGUAUCUGAAUACGCUUACAAGGGUUGGAACAUGAAAGUGUUGUGUGAUGGGUUCCCCUGCCUCGAAGCCCUCUCCCUCAAAAACAUGCUUUACUUGAGUAGUAUCGAUAUAGAAGAAGGUGGAAUGCCGCACCUCAAGCAUCUCCGGAUCCAUAAAUGCGAGAAGCUGGAUGCUAAGAAUCUGUGGGAGCACAUCAAGACCACAACAGUGUAUAAUUAGUUAUAAGGCAGAUUGCGUAGUUACAAACUUGCAAUGCAUAACUUUGUCUCUGUUUUGCGUUAUAUUAUAUUUUGCGUUUAUGUGGUUCGAUAACAUUUUCAGCUGCAUCUGCAGUAUGUAUCUCCAACGGAUCGGGUUCAUUGCUGUAGCUAAAA